AUGGAACAAGAAAAUGAAGUCAAGCCUUUCACAGAUAUUCGAGACGUUCUCUACCAUUGGAUUCAAAAUGAUGGCGCAACAAAGAAUAAUGGGCUAUUAAGCUACACAAAUCUGAGGGUUACUCGUGAGGACGGCGUCUAUGAUGGCAAUACCCAGCGAUCAGAUCUCGUCCUGGAGGGCUCCGGUAUCCGCACCAUCAUCGAGCUCAAGUGCGAGCGCGGCGACGUGCCCAGUCCAAAGUGGAUUGUGGACGAGGUUAUCAAAGACGCUGGAAAGCUUCAGCAGACGUUGAAGGACAAGUUUCGGCCAGUCAUAUGUUACGCAGUCGGCAUCGCAGCCACGAAGGAUGCAGACAAAGAGAUCCAGAAUGCUUUCAAUGCUAGCAGGAUUCCGCGCACAGGCUUUUAUUGUAAGGAUUCCAAAAUCUAUGUGUUCUAA